AUAAUAUAUGGGAACCUGUUAAUCCGAUAACUAAAAUUAAAAUGAAAGUUAGCCCUAAUCAGAUGAAGAACAUAUAGAAACAGAGCAAAUGCAAUACGUGGUCUUGGCUAGUUGGAAUCAUGAUUAGCAAAAUGGAUCUAAUAAACCAAAUCAUAUUGUCUUUGGAAAAUAAAAUGCAGACUAUUUAUAAAGCCAUAAUGAAUUUUAGAUUAAUUAAGGAUCUGUUUAACAUUCUAAAUUAACAACCUCAUCUAAUUAAAACAAUGUUCCUAACAUAUAAAAUAUAACAUCUAAACCCUUAAAUCAAACUUAAUAAAAAUAGAGAAUUUCAGCAUUUAGUGGAUACUCCUAAACUGAUAGAACUGCAGGCUUGGUUAAAGAUCAAGAAAUUUAAAGAAGGCCAAUAAAUUUAGCUAAAAGAAACAUAUUUUGA